AUGAGUUAUAAUAAGGCUUGGAGGUCUAGGGAAAAUGCUCUUAAGGCGGUUCGAGGAACUAUAAAGGAUUUCUAUGGUAAAUUGACAUCAUACCUCUACAUGUUAGAGAUGAAUAAUCCGGGUACCAUAAUAGACAUCCAGACGGAUGAGCACAGUCAUUUUAGUUGUAGGGUAUUUGAUGUAUCUGGUCUUCCUUGUACUCAUGCCCUAGCUUUUGUCCGUACACGAAAAUUGGAUCUCUAUGACUUCUACUCAAUGUAUUACUCAACUCAAAUGUGGUUGAAUGCAUAUGCGGAGACAUGUUAUCCUGUUGGUGAUGAAGAAGAAUGGGAUAUUCCGGACAUUAUCAAACAAUACGUCUGCCUAAAACCACAUGUUAAGGUGAAGAAAGGGUGGCCAACAACAAAUCGUAGGUCAUCCCAAGGUGAGACUCGUAAAGUCUAG